CUUGUCGGCGCGGCGUGAAUUCGUCCACCUUUACUGAGCGUUCAGGCGGAGAGCGGCUUCCCACCCCUGUGCAUGGGUUGGUGCUGCCGCUCGGGAAUGGUUUGCUCUCUCCGCGGCUCAGCCAGCACUGCAUCAGAUUGUUUGGGAAGUCAGCGGGGCUGCCGGGGACCAGGAUAAAGUUCUUGGAAAGGCGUCAUUGCAAGAGGACUGACAGUGCACACGGGAGCCACAGUUACAGCCAGUCACUGAUUCCUUUCCUGCUUGAGUGCCAUAAAACAUUUUCAGCAAUGGAAGGAGAAAAAGGGCAAAGUGCUAAAGCUACCAGUGCAGUGGGUGACCUGAGGAAAAGUUGGCAGACCUGGGCAGAGGAUCACAUUGAGUAUCAGAGGAAGAAUCCGUUCAGCAGCGAUGACAGGCUUGCGUCUGGACCUGCGCACACUCACAGAGGAGAUCCCACCUACGGGAGACCCCCGGAAGGCUCUCGGACAGAACAGAGAGGGAGAGAUGCCCACUCACACGUGGGUAGGGAAGUAGAAGAGCUGUGCUCGAUCAUCAGAAGAACUGGAAAGGUGGGAGAAGAUGGACACGUGACAGUGACAUUCGGGCAGCUGUUUGAAACAUACGUGACUAUUUCCAAUAAAGUAGUGGGAAUCUUGUUAAGAGCCAGAAAACACGGUCUGGUGCAUUUUGAAGGUGAAAUGCUUUGGCAAGGAAAAGAUGAUGAUGUGGUCAUCACUUUACUACAAUAAGGCUUUGUCCUGGAAUGAACUUUGCUGCACGGUUCCAUUUGGAAAAACAUAAUUAGAUACCAUCUUCACAGGUUUUGGUUACAGAAUUUCAACUCAGCUACCUACUGGGACACAAGCAGGAGAGGAAAUGGGCGAGGAGGAUAUUUUUGUAAAAAUGGUAGAGAUUUGGAU